AUGGUCAAGAAGAGGGCGAACAACGGCCGCAACAAGAAUGGCCGCGGCCACGUCAAGCCUGUGCGUUGCUCCAACUGCGCUCGCUGCGUCCCCAAGGACAAGGCCAUCAAGCGCUUCACCAUCCGCAACAUGGUCGAGUCCGCCGCCAUCCGUGAUAUCUCCGAGGCUUCCGUCUUCGCCGAGUACUCUGUCCCCAAGAUGUACUUGAAGCUCCAGUACUGUGUGUCCUGCGCCAUUCACGGCAAGAUUGUCCGUGUUCGCUCCCGCGAAGGCCGCCGCAACCGUGCUCCCCCUCCCCGUAUUCGCUUCAACAAGGACGGCAAGAAGCUCCAGCCCCCUACUGCCGCCAAGGCUCUGUAA